UGAAAUGGGUAGCAUUAUCAUCAAAGUACGAGAGGGUAUGGAGGAGUCGUUUUCUGGGAUACAGGGGCUGUUUCUCGCACACAAAAACUAAGGCAGUAAAGUUGUAUUUGAUAAGGGGAGCAUCGAAGUUGAGUUUGUCAGAUUGGCGUGCAUAACAUAACAUACCAUUGAGAUUUUGUGUAGAAGAGAGAAAAUGGGGAAUAGGAAAAGGUUGUUCAUGGCUGUUGAAGUGAAAGAAAGUGAAAUUUAGAUGGUUUGGAGGGUGAAAAAGGGCGGAGAGAAAGGUGGAGGUGUGGGUGGGUGUAGUGGUGGUGCUUAUUCAGACGAGGGUUGGGGGAACAUUCUGAGGUAUGGGUUUUUGUGUAGCUGGGAUGGCUGGCAAAGAUGAGAAACAGCUCAUCCUUUUGAUGGGGUGUGGUUUUUUGGGUUUGGGUUCUGUUGGGUGGUUUGUGUGAUAUGUGGGGUUCUGCUGGUCCUUGUCCCACAGGUGUUCUAGCAUCAAUGGAGGAGAAAGGGGAAAGAAGAUUUGGAAGGGAAUGUGGAUUCUAGGGUUUGGGUUCUGAAACUUUGUGGACCAAAACAACUAUUGGCGGCGUGUGACUAUUUGAAAAAGGAAAAUAAAGAACAGGGAAAGCAAAUACAUAGAGAAAGAUAAACAAAUAAGGGUUGGGGUGUGGUGUCAGUGGUGGCGGUGCAAGUGGAGGCCUGGAGGGUUGUUUCUCUCUGGUUUUGAGAAUUAUUUAUAGUGUUUGAGAAAGCAUCUGUAGGCAGUGUCUCCUACGCUUACUUUCUGUGCCCGGGGUCCAUGGGCUCUGCUACCUGACCAGGAAACAACCUCUUCUUUGGGUCUCUUGCCAUUCAAGAGUACAUUUUGUUAAAAAUCACAAUACCCCCAUUUAGUCCCUCUCUUUUGCCUCGGUUCAUGGGAAAGAUUCGGUCAUACUAGAACAACAGAUCAGUUUUUUCUUUGAUCAAUUCUCCCUUUUACUUUAAGACCAUAAAUUUGGUUACCUUUAGGAAUUCAAUCCUGCUCCCCAGGGGGUUUUUAUUUUCUUUUUUUCGGAGGUUUAUGUUCUUGAUUAGGGUUCGCUGAACUUUUGUGGAUAUAGUGGAAGUUGGGAGUUGGAUUUGCAGUGGGAAAACGGAUCUUUGCUUUGGCGAAAUGAAGUUCAUGAAACUUGGAUCAAAGCCUGAUUCUUUUCAGGCUGAUGGGGACAAUAUUAGGUACGUGGCAACCGAGUUGGCAACUGAUAUUGUUGUUAAUGUUGGAGAUGUGAAAUUUUACCUGCACAAGUUUCCCCUUUUAUCCAGGAGUGCUCGCCUGCAGAAGCUUGUUGCAAACACAAAUGAGGAGAACAACGAUGAAAUUUAUAUCCAGGAUAUUCCUGGUGGGCCUGCUGCCUUUGAAGUUUGUGCAAAGUUUUGCUACAGUAUGACAGUCACUCUUAAUGCGUACAACGUAGUUGCAGCUCGUUGUGCAGCAGAGUACCUAGAGAUGUAUGAAACUGUUGAAAAAGGAAACUUAAUCUACAAGAUUGAAGUUUUUCUCAAUACUAGCAUCUUCCGGAGCUGGAAAGACUCAAUCAUUGUUCUUCAAACUACCAAGUCUCUUCUUCCUUGGUCUGAGGAAAUUAAGGUGGUCAGCCACUGCCUAGACUCGAUAGCUUCAAAGGCUUCCAUCGAUACUUCCAAAGUGGAGUGGUCAUACACCUAUAACCGGAAAAAGCUCCCAUCUGAGAAUGGAAAUGAUCCUCACUGGAACGAAGUGAAAAAACACCAGAUGGUUCCAAGGGACUGGUGGGUAGAAGACCUCUGUGAGCUUCAAAUUGAUUUAUAUAAGCGUGUCAUAACAACAAUCAAAACAAAGGGAGGAAUUCCUGCAGAUGUUAUUGGAGAAUCUUUGAAAGCAUAUGCCAUGAGAAGGUUACAAGGUUUCAGUAAGGGUAUGGUCCAAUGUGGUGAUGUCCUAAAGCAUAGAUCAUUGGUAGAGACCAUAGUAUGGCUUCUGCCUACAGAGAAAGGCAGUGUUCCCUGUAGUUUUUUGCUCAAGUUGUUGAAAGCAGCAAUUUUAUUAGAAUGUGGAGAAAUGGGAAGAAGAGAGCUGAUGAGGAGAACCGGCCAGCAGCUGGAGGAGGCUAUAGUGACUGAUCUUUUGAUUCAUGCCUCCCCUGGGGAAGCAACUAUAUACGAUGUCGAUAUAGUACAAAAUCUGGUUGAGGAGUUUGUGAUACAUGACCGGAGUGCUCCUGGGGAAAAUGAAUUCCAGGAGAUUAGAAGCCCUGGGUUUGUACCAGAAGCUUCCAAGUUGAUGGUGGCUAAGCUGGUUGAUGGCUACCUUGCUGAAAUUGCAAGAGAUCCCAAUCUACCUCUUUCUAAGUUUGUUGACCUUGCUGAAAUGGUAUCAGGCUUUUCAAGACCAUCUCAUGAUGGACUUUACCGUGCCAUUGACAUGUAUCUGAAGGAACACCCUGGAAUCAGCAAGAGUGAGAGAAAGAGAAUAUGCCGGCUGAUGGACUGCAAGAAACUAUCCACAGACGCUUGCAUGCAUGCUGUGCAAAAUGAGCGGCUCCCCUUGCGGGUUGUUGUGCAGGUCCUGUUCUUUGAGCAGGUUAGGGCAGCAACAUCAUCGGCAGGCAGCAGUACGCCUGAUCUACCAGGGUCUGUUAGGGCCUUACUCCCAGGUGGAUCCCAUGGAAGCUCCAGGUCUGCAACAACGAACACAGAAGAGGAAUGGGAUGCAGUGCCAACAGCAGAGGAGCUCAAGGCUUUGAAAGGGGAGCUUGCUACUCUAAGGUUAGGGGCCGGAGUGGGAGGUGGCAGUGACAGAAGUGGCAAUGAAUUGAAUGAUGGUCCUAAGAGCAAUGCUGAAAAUGUUGCUGCCAGUAAAGUGAAAGGUUUGCUCAUGUCAAAGAAGAUAUUUUCAAGACUCUGGUCGAGCAAAGAAAAACUAGGUGAAAACAGCAGUUCUGAUACAUCAGAGAGCCCUGGUUCAGCCAAUGCAGAGGAAACAAAAUCGACUCCUUCCAGAAGUAGGAGGCAUUCAGUAUCUUAGUAACAACAGCAUGAGAGAAACUUGAGGGUUAGUUGGGCAAUUGGUGUAAAAUUGUAUCACUAACAUUAGGAAGUUAGAACCAACUUACAGCUUCCAGCAAACAUUGGGACGAAAAGAAGGGAAGGAUUUUCCACUAGCAUGCACUGAGCAAGAGAAAUAUGCUGUUGAAAAGGAAUUUGACUUGGGAAUUCAUAUGUAUUGCUUCUUGUCACCUUAUCAUUCCCCAAUAAAUGUGGAGGGUCUCUCUUACCCUUUCCAGGUUUCUAUGUUUUAAAUAUGGGUUUUAACAAUGACCCAGUUUUGCUGUACUAUAAGCAAAAAGAGGAAUGCUAAGAGUUUAUGGUUUUUGUAUUA